AUGAGCUUCGAUUUCGAAUCUGCACAUGGUAAUGCAGAGAUACAAGAUACGAGUGAUGAGUUAUCCGACGUGGCAAGUCCACCCGAAUCGCCUGAUUUUAGCGAUGAUGAUGAUGAUGCCAAGGUUGAAGAGUCAGCGGCUGUCGAAACUGUGGAAGCAGAAGCAGAUACAGAGACAGGGGCUGAUGCAGAGGCCGAGGCAGAAGCAGAGGCAGAAGCGGAGGCAGAAGCAGAUGUUGACGGUGAUGCUGACGCAGAAGCUGAAGCCGACGCCGAUAUGGAUAUGGACGUGGACAUGGAUAUGGACAUGGACGCGGAUAUGGACAUGUCAAUGACAGGAGGAGAGUCAGGAUUUAAGCAAGAGGGUAUGCUUGAUCCGAAUCAGGAACAUCUAAUGCUCCAGAUACCUAGAAAACGAGGGCCCGGUAGGCCACCUAAGAACGGCAUCAUGUCGAAACGAGAGCAGCGGUUACUCAAGAAACACCAACAGGAGAUGGCCAAGAAGACUCUGCCACAAGCACCUCCAGUGGAACCUCCUAUCAAACGCAAGGUCGGGCGGCCCAGAAAACAUCCUCUGCCUGAAGGGUCCUCAGAGCGACCUGAGAAACGCAAGUACAAACCUCGCAAGCCUAGAGAAGACGGUGCUGAAGGCUCAGAUGCAGAGAGGCGCGCGAAAGAAAAGAAGGAGAAGAAAGCCCGGCCGAAAUCUCCUCCCCUGGAACUCAACAUGGCAGACUAUACCGAAGAACAGCUCCAGAAACCAAACAAAAAUUACGGUGUUCUCAUCGACGAGACACUCACAGCAGCUGGGCCCGACGGGCUUACUCUGAAGCAGAUUUACAAACGGAUAUGCCUGAGAUACCCUUGGUUCCACUUCCAUACAGAGACCAAAGGAUGGGAAAGCAGUGUGCGCCAUAACCUUAUUGGCAACGACGCGUUCAGAAAAGAUGACACUACCAAUCUUUGGUCUCGUGUUCCGGGUGUUGAACUCGACGCUGGAAAGAAGAGGAAGGCCUCAUCUCCAGAUCGUGCAGCAGCUCAAGCUUAUGGCCAAUACCCAUACGCCUACAAUGCCCAACAUUUGGCAGCUGGUACGCCCGGUUAUACCGCUGGACAGGCGCCUCCUGGCUAUCAAAUGCCAGCAUAUACGGCACAACAAAGCCAGCCAGGACGACCAGUGCAGCCUUAUGGAGCGUCUGCAUCACCACCAGGACCAGCACCAGGCCAGCCAGCUUCUACAACAGCCGCAUCGCAGCCGCCAGCGCCGGCACAACUUCCUCAAGGUUAUGGACCACCGCCAGCCCCUGCUCACCCACAACUUGGAGUGCCCCAACAAGGUACUUACAGCUCGCCAUAUGCGCCACGACCACCGCCUCCAGCAAAUCCUACAGUCAAGAGUGAAGAAGGGCAUGCCAAUGCCAUCACGUCUGCCAAUGCAAGCGUUACGCAGCAGCAGCAGCAUCAUCUUCCUCCACCACCUCCGCCAACGGUGGGCGCCAAGACUGUCCCUGGAACUGGGCCCGCGUCAGUACAGCAGCAGCCUGCUACUCCUGUAAAUCGAACUCCCUCAGUGCCUGCAGCUCCCGCUCCAGCGCGACCCGCUAUCGAGCCUAAACUGCUUACGGCAGUUGUCAACCUCAAGAAUGGCCUGAUCGAAAACCUCAAGAAAGCCAAAAAUCCCAAGGCCGCAGGAAUCGUCAUGUCAGCAUUGAAUCGCUGCAUUGGCCUCAAGAAGGAGGCGACAGAGAACGACAAGAUGGAGGCGAUUUGCAUGAAGGGCAUUCGUCAACUCAUUGACGGUUUCCUUCUCAAGUCCAAGAGUCCCACGCCUGGUCCAGCUUCUUCUGCUGCUUCUCCGUCGACUACCGAGACACCCCUAUUUCUCGACUCCAAAGUCCUCGCGUCCCUUAAUGGUUUUAAGGAAGUAUCAGUUAAAGCCCUCAGUCCUAAGCUUGGUGAAGCCAAAGCAGAAGCUGUCACGUUGUCUGCCAUUGACCGGGUACUGGGCAUAGCUGAUGCUAGUAUCGUUCCACCGCCUGGAGAAGGUGAAGCUGUUGGAAACUUUGAAGGCAUUGAGCAGCAUCUCAUGAAGUCCAUACGGCAACUCCUGACGGGUAUGAAUCAAAAGGUGUAG